AUGGCAACCUAUGGACUUCGACAGUCUAUUUUACUGAAUACCAGGCUCCAGGACUGUUAUGUUCUCUCUCCAGCUCUCACCAACAUCUGGAUGGCUAGAAUGUGUGCAAAGCAGAACAUUCAGGCCCCAACGUCAGGUACUGCCUCUUGUUGGGAAGUGGUAAAGAGUCCAUUAAUCACCAGCUCAUUCUCCCUGGUUAAACUUGUGCUCAGAAGGCAACUGAAAGAUAAAUGCUGCUCAGUACCUUCCAGGUUUGGAGAAGCAAAAUCCUUGAAGAGAUUAAGAUCUACAGACAAUUCAACAACAAAAGCCACCCCGCUGGCUAGGAUAAGCAGCUCCAUUAAUUUCAAGAGCAGGCGGCAGGUGGGGCAGGUGCCAGGUUCACCUGGGCACAGGAGGCCAGCAGGAAGCAUCAGAAAGCGCAAAGAAAGUUCAAAGGAGAAAAAAGUAACUGCCAGCCAAGAUCUUGAGGACAGAUAUGACAAACAUGUGGCUGCCACCCAACCACUACCCCGGGACAGUGAGUUGACAGCCUGGAAGGGGCAAGCAUCACUUCCUGAAACCCAAAAGAGACAGCAGCUGUCAGAGGAUGCUCUAACCAUCCACGGCCUCCCUACAGAGGGUUACAAGGCUCUAUACCAUGCUGUGGUGGAGCCAAUGCUGUGGAACCCUUCAGGAACCCCCAAGAGGUACAACUUGGAGCUGGGCAAGGCCAUCAAACAAAAGCUUUGGGAAGCUCUGCGCAGUCAAGCUGCCACCCUCAAAGUUGCUCAGAAGGACCUCUAGCCAGGAGGGAAGUGGCUGGGUGAGGGUCCUGUGCCCAAGAAACAGCCCAAAUUAAAAUGA